AUGGCACCCAAGCGAGUUCUCAUUACCUACGGCGUCGAUGUUGAUGCUGUCGCUGGCUGGCUAGGCUCAUAUGGUGGAGAGGAUUCGACAAACGACAUUAGCAGAGGAUACUGGGCGGGAACAGUUGGAACCCGGCGAGUGCUGAAGCUGUUCAAGAAAUACGACAUCAAAUCAACAUGGUUCAUCCCAGGCCACUCCCUCGAGACCUUCCCCGAGGAUAUGGCGGCAGUCCGGGAUGCAGGCCACGAGAUCGGUCUGCACGGAUACUCCCACGAGAACCCUACCGACAUGUCAAUUGAGCAGCAGCGAGAUGUUCUCGACAAGACAUAUCGGAUGCUGACAGAGUUCGCGGGAAAACCUCCUCGAGGAAGCGUAGCACCUUGGUGGGAGACCAGUCAGGAAGGAGCCCAGCUUCUCCUCGAUUAUGGCAUCGAAUACGACCACAGUAUGAGCCACGAGGACUGUCAGGCCUAUUAUUUGCGAACGGGCGACACCUGGACCAACAUCGACUACAAGAAGAAGGCAGAGGAGUGGAUGAAGCCUCUUGAACAUGGUCCGCAGACUGGGUUGGUGGAGAUCCCUUCAAAUUGGUACAUUGAUGAUCUUCCUCCGAUGAUGUUCAUCAAGAGCGCACCCAACAGUCAUGGCUUUGUCAACCCGCGGGACGUGGAAGAUAUCUGGCGCGACCACUUCGACUACUUCUACAGAGAGUACGACGAGUUUAUCUUCCCCAUCACGAUUCACCCGGAUGUUUCGGGACGACCCCAUGUGCUUCUCAUGCAUGAAAGACUCAUUGAACAUUUCAAGAAACACGAGGGUGUGGAGUUUGUGACCAUGGAACAGGUUUGCGAUGAGUUCAAGAAGAAGAACGCUCCUCCCCCAGGAGCUUUAAUGCCUGCGAAGGCCGGUGCUAUGCUGGAGAAGUAA